CCUUCUUUUCUUUUUUUCUCACUGCUGGCUCACUGAAUGACUCGGGACCAAACAUUUAUUUCACUUCUUGUUGUGAAUCAGAAGUAACAUGGAGAAGAUCAGUGAAAACCUCAGCAGGUACAAGAACUACAACUUUAUCACCGCUCUCACGUCUGUCGAGAACCUGGAUUCCCUCACGAGCUUUGAAGUACGAGACUCUGACAUUUUCCUGGUCACUUAUCCAAAGUCCGGCACCAUAUGGACUCAGCAGAUCAUCAUCUCCAUCUGCGAGCUAAGUGGCAGAAUGACUGAAUAUCCAAACAACUAUGAGAAGAUGCCGUGGCUGGAAUACCGGGACGAUCGUCCAGAUUACGCCCUGAGACCCUCUCCACGACUCUUUGCCUCUCACCUCACCCCGGCUCUCAUGCCUCCAGACAUGAAGAACAAGAAGGCAAAGAUUAUUUACGUGAUGAGGAAUCCGAAAGACGUUGCCGUCUCCUAUUAUCAUUUCAGCAAAGCCUUGGCUGACAUGGAGACUCCUGAGAGCUUUGGGAGUCUUUUUGAGCAGUUUUUGAAGGGCGACGUUUUUGCAUCAUCGUGGUUUGACCACAUCAGGGAGUGGCAUUCAAAGAGAGACGAGUACGACAUCCUCUUCCUGACCUACGAGGACAUGAUUUUGGACCUGAAGGGGGCAGUAACUAAGCUCUGCCGCUUCUUAGGGAGAACCCUCAGUGAAGACGCCAUCAAUCAAGUCGUAGAAAAAUCCACAUUCAAGACGAUGAAGAAAGACUCAAAGGCAAAUUACGAGUUCCUGCCAAAAGAGAAGUUCAGUGGACACUUCAUGCGAAAAGGUCAGAUCGGUGACUGGAAGAACCUCUUCACUGUUGCUCAGAGUGAAAGAGUUGAUCAGCUGCUUCAGGAGAAACUGGGUGAUCUGUCUCUGAAGAUCAUCUGUGAAUAAACCACAACAAACUUUACGAUGUUUAUGGUCUUGAAGACCCUAAAAUUCGCUAACAAUGUCGACUCCUACAUCCUGAUGGUUUCUUGUUAAGAUGCUUUCUUCUCUUCUUCUGUCUUUGAUUCUGUGAAUGAACAAUAAACAACAAUUUUUGUUGACUUUGUUGAAAGUUAAAAGGAAUUCAGAUGUUUCUAUCACAUGCAGAGCUGGAUUAAAUAAAUGGACUAUACUA